AUGAUUCCCGCGCACCCCCUCCUCCUCCUCCUCGCCGCCGUCCUGUGCUGUCCGGGAUGCGGCCGCGCCGGCCUCGCGCCUCUCAACGAGCUCGGCUCCGCGGAGCGGGCCCCGGCGGAGAAGAACCCCGCGUCGCACGGGCCGCAGAUCGACACCGGCGACCUCCCCGGCGACCCCUACGGCGCGUACCCGGGCUUGGGCUUCGGGCCCAUGGGCCCGGUCCGCUCGGGCAUGCUGAACGACGCCACCCUGCGCAGCCUCUCGUCGGCCAGCGGCGGCGACGACGCCGAGCAGCGUCUCCCUAAGGAGUCGCAGCAGCUCGCCUCGGCGCGCUCCGCCGACGAGUCCUCCUCGAGCGGCAGCCAGCAACUCUCGCCGAAGCCCGAGUACCACAUCGUCAGCGUCGAGUUCACGCGCGUCGAGACGCCCUUCCUCAUCGGGAUCUGGAUCUUCUUCGCCAGCAUCGCGAAGAUCGGCUUCCACAUGGCGCCGAAGCUCAACAAGAUCUUCCCGGAGUCCUGCCUGCUGAUCGCCGUCGGCAUAAUCGUCGGCCUGCUGCUGUUCCAGGCGAGCAGCGUCCACAUAUCGCCGCUGACGCCCGACACGUUCUUCUUGUACAUGCUGCCGCCCAUCAUCCUGGACGCCGGCUACUUCAUGCCCAAUCGGCUGUUCUUCGACCAUCUCGGGACGAUACUCCUGUUCGCCGUCCUUGGGACUAUAUUUAACACCAUGUCGAUAGGUGGGUCGUUAUGGCUGUUGGGGAAGAGCGGUAUAUUCGGCUGCGAGACGCCCAUCCUCGACAUGCUCCUCUUCUCGGCGCUAAUCAGCGCCGUCGACCCCGUCGCCGUGCUGGCCGUCUUCGAGGAGAUCCACGUCAACGAGAUACUCUACAUCGUCGUGUUCGGAGAGAGUUUAUUGAACGACGCGGUCACUGUCGUGCUCUAUCACAUGUUCGAGACGUACAGCGAGAUGGGCCCUUCCAGGAUCAUCUACACGGACGUACUAGCUGGCUUAGCCUCGUUUUUGGUGGUGGCGAUCGGUGGCACGGUCAUAGGUGUAGUCUGGGGCUUCGCCACCGGCUUCGUGACCAGGUUUACUCAUCAGGUGCGCGUGAUAGAGCCGAUCUUCAUAUUCGUGAUGGCGUACUUGGCAUACCUCAGCGCGGAGAUUUUCCACUUGUCCGGCAUACUGGCAAUAACCUUCUGCGGCAUCACCAUGAAGAAUUACGUUGAGGCCAAUAUAUCGCACAAGUCCCACACGACCGUCAAGUACACGAUGAAGAUGCUGUCGAGCAGCUCGGAGACCAUCAUAUUCAUGUUCCUCGGCGUCGCCACGGUGAACAACGCUCACAACUGGAACACGUGGUUCGUCGUCAUGACGAUAGUCUUCUGCUCCGUCUAUCGGGCCGUGGGCGUGAUAGUGCUGACUGCGCUGGCGAACCAGUUUCGGCUGCACAAAUUGGACAAGGUCGAGAAAUUCGUCAUGUCCUACGGCGGUUUACGCGGCGCCGUGGCGUUCGCCCUGGUGCUCCUGAUAGACCGCCAGCACGUGCCCCUGCAGCCCAUGUUCGUCACCACCACCAUCGCCGUUAUCUACUUCACCGUGUUCAUCCAGGGGAUCACCAUCAAACCCCUCGUGAAAAUCCUCAAUGUCAAGAGGGCCGAGAAGAGGAAGCCGACGAUGAACGAGAGGAUCCACGAGAGGAUAAUGGAUCAUACGAUGGCGGGUAUCGAGGACAUUUUGGGAAAACAUGGCAACUACCACGUCCGGGAUAAAUUCAAGCGAUUCGACAAUAAAUUCAUCCGACCUUAUCUCGUGAAAGAUCAUUCAUGUGGCGCCGAGCCGAAGAUUAUGGAAACUUACUCGAAGCUGGCGAUGAAGGAUGCUCUGGAUUACAUUAGAAGAAAUGCCUCCACUAUCGGCAACAUUAGCGGCACCGAAAGUAUGUCGGCGAUAUUCCGUAAUUACAGCAAUACCGGACAGUUCAAUGGAAGCCCCAGCUGCAGCCAGCUCGAAACGGGAUGGAAUAUCGAUCUGCAGGAACUGGAGUACAAUCCUUCCAAAAGAGAUCUGACGGACGCGAGAAUUCACCAUCUGCUCGCCGAAGAGCUUUGUAAACCAUACAAAAGGCAUCGGCGUUUGAGCUACAGCCGACACGCGGUGAACGAUCGCGAUCUCUCGACACAAGUCAAUUACAAAAUGCACAUGAACAUUCGACGGAUGGUGGGGGAGAACAAGCAUCGCCACAAGCGCAGCAAGAAGUUGCUCAAAGACGGCAAGCAGAAUCACGUUAGUUUCCCGGAAUUCCAACAACAGAACGGCUCGACAAAGUUAUUUACGCAAGAUUACAUCAAUGGCGUGCUGUACGAGCUGGAAAACGGAGAGAGCUCGAAGCCCUCCAGCAAAGAGGAUUGGGAUUCGGCGAUCACGUUCACCGCACGAACAUCUGAUUCGCCGAAUGUAAACGCGGACAAUCAACACGCUACCACCGCUACUUCGUCGAUGGAUACGAUAAAUACGGACGAGGGAGACUUGAAAAUAGGACGCGACGGCGCGGAAGGCUACAGAGUCACCACCCCUACUGCCACGGAAACUAUGUUACCGUGGAAACGUGAGGACGAUUACGAGUCGGGUCAUCCGAUCAAGCAGCACGAAUUUCCAGCCUGGUGCUCCAAUAAAGAAUACCUCGCCUACAGCUCGCCUUCCGCCACUUUCUUAGGUGGGAUCGAACAGCCGAAAGUCCAAUCCGUGAUUGGCCUAUUUCGACGCGAGAGCGUGUGCACGCCCGACAGUAUCGAUUGCCAGGAGACCGUCGACGAGACGGACGAGACGGACGAGUACACCCCCGCGAAAAUGGAUUCCCCCGCGAAAACCAAGGGCAACCCGAGGAGGGUGCCCGCGAGGAGGGUGUCAAUGAUGGAGCUCGGCUUCGCCGACCGAGCUCACUUGGUGGACAAGUCGGCGGACGACGGGGCUCACUCCUUGCCGGACUGCCGGAAUGUCCAGAGAGUACGCCUUAACUCCCUCGCCUGCUUGCCCGCCCACAUGCCGAGCCUGUCGACCGCCCUGAUCACUUCCUCCACGUCGGAAUCGUCGGAGGACGUGGAGGAUGACGAGGAGGAGAAGGCUUGACCCUUGGGGACCGUCGCCGAGGAGCAAACGUCCGCCUUCGCGGACGUCGAGCGUCGGCGACGUCGGCUCUUUCGGCGACCACCGAGACAUUCGUUGCUCACCUCGCUCCUGCGACGACCGAGUGCUCCCGUUUGAGAAGACCUGCCCUUGACGAGCCGCCUUCUGCAGGGGGCUUCCCCCCCGCGAAUCUGAAUCUCGGCCUGAAUCUUGUUGACACGCUCCACAAAUGCGCGAAACGAGACGUUGAUGAACUCCGGGAGAAAUGACAGUGCAAAGGGAGAGAGAAAGAGAAAUUGCGAAAGACGCGUCGAAGCUUUUAAACUGAAUUUUGUACGAGAAGAAAUAUCUUCUCUGGGAAAACGGAAUUUUUUUUAAUAAGGUGACUCUAAUAAAAAUUUAUUAGAUAAUUAUCUAAUAAAUUAAAUGAGUUACACGAAGAGGGCAAGGAAGAGCAAAGAUAUUCGUCUACAAAUGAUGAAUUUCUUCAUACCGUGCUGCGACAAUGUGGCGGAAUCUCUUUGGAAUGAACGACCUGCUGUUCGAGUUCGGUAUUCGCGAGAUCGCUCGCCGAUUUAGAGGAAAGCGCAACGACACGUAUACAAAGUUGAAAUUCGAUGAAUCACUGUUAUUUUUUUCUGCACGCCGCGUGAACGCGAGGGUGAAGGCGCUUGUCAAGAGCAAGGGCUUAUUUCUAAAUCCGUCUCUAAGACGUCUUGGAACUGUGGCCUUAAGGAACUGCUAGAAGUGCUUGAACGCCGAUGAUUUGUACGAUUUGCCGCCGUCGUCGUUGUCAUUGGCGCAAAAUUCACUUGUCGGUGCUAUCGAUACAAGUUGGCUUGUGUUGCGCGGCGCCGCAAACGCGCCGCCAGCUUGUCCCAAGAUUUACCACGAGUACCUUCUCUCGGGGGGCGGAUUCAACGGUGAUUAUCACUGCUGCAUACUUCGCGAUUAGGCUACGAUCAGACUAGUCGACUUAGUUAGAAAGUUACGUGCAAAGUCGAAUUAGAAACUUCAAUUGCUGCCACAAUUUGCUAAGUUACGAAAAUAAUUCUGCCAGUAGCACAACUUGCGGUAUAAUGUUAUUUCCGUAAAAAGAUCUAUAGUUUUUGACAAAACGAUUGAUUUACAUUUAUCUUUUAUUUUAUAACAUCGUUUUCUACAGAUAAAGUUUAAUUUUCAUCUCCGUCAUUGCUCGAUAGAAAAUAUUUGUGAUAUCCUUAAGGAGGUUUGAAAAAAUGCUCUCUGCACCCAUCAAACUGUCAAUUAUAGACUAGAUAGUAUUGUACAAUUCAGAUGUACCAUACAUUUUGGGAAAUAAUGAAGGGCGAUUUCAUCGUGAAUCGAAAAUUAACGCAUUUUCAAUUAUUCGAUUGAAGCUAAGUCGCUAGUCUGGCCGCAGCUACGCGGACGACGAUAGUCGAACAUUAGGUGCGUCUUAUUGUUAGCAGUCCCGCUGUCGUGAUUCUAACGCGUGCUUGCAACGCGGCACGUCGCGGUGCACUUAAACGACAUCCCAUAGCGACGCAUCCCCAGCUGAAUUUAGGAGAAUUCCCCUCAAGCGAACGGUUGCGCGACGUUCAGUCGACGGUCGGUGCGACCACCAAUUUGCGUAGAACCAGACGAGAGAGAUGCGGCGUAGGCGCGCCGCUCUCCCUUCGAGUAUGGCCUUAAAAAUAAAACUUUCCUGCAAGCGUAACUCGUGAGUAACGGUGCCUGGUGUAUGAUAAUAUACAUUGUUAUAAUACAUUGUUGAUAUCGCGCGGCCACGGCACCGCUUGGUCAAUAUUUAGCGAAAAGUCACCAGAAGCAUGUACAUACGGUUUUUCUUAGAGAAGAUUGACGAUAGAAAAAUGUCGGCAUCCCCAUCGUUAUCAUCCUCAGCAGCAUCCUCAUCCUCACUAUUUUUGUUAUCGUCUAGUAUUAUUUCUGCGAAGAGAGAAAGCGAGAUAAAGAAAGAGAGAAGCGGAGCGCGACUAUUUGAUUCGGUACUCUAGUUAUUAUUGUUACACUUGUUACUGUCGCUAGUAUGUUACUAUACUAGUUCUACUACUAAUAAUUAAUAAUGCAAUUAUAGCCAUCGCUCGGCGCGGGCGGAAAGCGGAAGCGUCGAGCUCUUGCUCUAGUUUCGAGGGGAACUUUUGUCGACGGGGAGUCUUUUGAUAGUUGGACACUCAUUUUGAUUUAUCAAAAUACGAAUCGGGUAUAGAAUGCAGUUAGGAAAUGGGAUCGCCUCCAACAAUGGAACCUUGUCAUCGACCGUCCCGGUUACUUCUAUUGUACACUGCAAGAAGUCGCAAUCUUUCUUGUACUUGUUUUCGCAUCGUAGCGGUUAAUGUUAAUUUUACUAACGUCGUAGCUUAGACCUUCAAUAGACUCUUGACCUUUGACUUUUGACGAUUUACCUCAUGGCUCUUGGGGGACCCUGCGAUUUUUAUACUUCCUUACAAAUGCAUCAAAUGUAUUUUGCGGAGUACUUAAUUUAGCGUACGCGUUCUCUGAUACCGAACCACUUUUGUAUCUAUAUAAGGGUGACAGGGUAUAAGUUCGCUCUAUUAAGAAAAAAACAAAAUCAGAGAAAUACACACGGGAAGUUUUCUGCGACGACAAAUACUGAUUUCGCACGGAUUUGGAAGUUCCCCUCGCAUGGAAUAUUCCUCGCGGCCUUUAGUUACUUAGACCGGAUAAAAAAAAACGUCGGACUAGUCUCUAGGUGCUAGUCUCUACGCUGUUGAUUUGUUAAAAGAAAAUAAAUGUUUAUUUCUUAAAAGACCA